AUGUCGACUUGGAAACGCAAUACUAACACCUCUUUCAACCGCAGAGGACACCAGAGAGGUGGGCUCGGAUCUAGUGUACCUGGUAUGCCAUGGAGAAGGAAGAGUGACGCUAUCCCUCGGCCCCCAUCUCCUGUGUUGGGUCCUCUCCUUGCCACGGUUGGGAGACCCGACCUUGCCAUAGAACCGCAGGCCAAACCUGGCAAUGAGAAAGCACACAUUGAGGAUUGUCAGUUGGUAGCCUCUUACAAUUGGCUCAAUUCGACAGUUCCUACGAUCUUGGUCCCCGGUAUGCCCCCUGCGUGGGCACCUCUCCCAGAACCUGUCAAGCUCCAGGAAGACCAGGGACAGUACUUCCGGGACCAAAAUGCCGCUCGAUAUUCCUCACACCCAAUGCAGCCAGCAGUCGAGGCCAUCCUUGCUCAAACCCCUGACUUCCAGAGCAAGUCCAUCGACAUUGUCGGAUGCGGAAGCACCUUGGGCAACCUCCUCCGGUUUGCGCGGAACGUUGAUCUGAACGCGAAAUACAGGAUUUUUGUGGAAGUGGUUGGGUCUACGGUGUUCUUUCUCCGCAGAGUAAACCAGCCAACAGAGACUAUUCCUGACGUUCGAGGGUUUGGUCAUACAUUCCCUGAAGCAUACACCAGUUGGGACUGGGAUGUGAAAGGGUCUGAGUCACACCAGCGCCUCAUCAAAUAUAAGUUUGCCGGAUUGAGUUGCCUCGUUCGGUUUGAAAGUGACGGUUAUCUUCCUGAUUUGGCCCCCAAAGGGUUGACCGUUGCCGCGAAGAGCAAGGCCGGGGAGAGCGAUGUCGGUAGGGACGUUAUCGCCGCUUUGCAAAGUACCACGGUCAGCGAGCGCUCCCCCGUCUCGAAGGAAAGCCUCACGGUGCAUAAACGAGGGCAAGUGGUUCCUCAAGCGGCGGUGUUUGACUUGAAAACGCGAAGCAUUUUUCGAAAGGGAACCGACUUCUUAGAACAGGAGCUGCCCCGUUUGUGGAUUUCACAGACUCCCAACUUUGUUCUUGCCUUUCACCGUUCCGGUUUGUUUGAGGAGAUAGAGAUCCUAGACACUCGCGCAAGAGUGAACAAGUGGGAAGAGGAGCAAGAAGAUAAUCUCCUUCGGUACGCGUCAUUGCUGCGAAUGCUCACCAGUUUUGCUCUGGGUCACCCUGAUGGACGAUUCGAGAUUUUUCAUGAAGCUGAGAGUGCCAUUCUUGAACUGCGCGAGGUGGAGGAUAACGUUCCUCGCGUUCUACCCGGUCACCUCAAGGAUCGAUGGGCCAUGCAAGAUGAGGAAAGUGCAAAUCUCCUAGACGAGGAAGCGGAAGAGGCAAGCUCGGAGCGGGACAUUGAAUCAAAUUGGGGGAGGUUUGAUGAUGAGUGGCAGAGUGAUUCAGAGGGGUCAUCCAAAGACUACACGGCAUGCUCUGCGUCUGACUGCGGGUACUGUGGACGUUGCCGGUACUGA